AUGGAACGCUGGCGAAGAAUGUGCAUGGAAGAGGAUAGACUGGACAAAAUGGAUUUGUUACUCAGUUUAAAGUUAAUGGAAGGUGGACGACACCGGAAGGCUAAAGGUCUGGAAUUGUCCCAGGAAGUCGUAGUGUUCAUCCCUCACGUAGGAUGCGACCCGUUCAUUGCUCCUGUCGUAAAUGAGGAUUCGCUCUCCACCGCACCCAUGUGUGAGCUCAGCGAUUGUCACCAUAACUCCGAAGAGGAGCUAUCCUUUGGCUUUUAUCUCAAUUCGGGGCUGCCGCCUGUAGACAACGUAGCCCCGUUCAGCCCGUUGUACGCUAGUUCUCCGCGUGCACUACUGGACGAAAUCAGUUGCACACUUAACCUUUUUAACUGCUAA